AUGGAAAUCAUCUCAUCAAAGCGAUUUGUCGUAUUGACUCUGGCCACUUCAAUCGUGUUAGCUUCGAAGUCUGUCUGUGCCGAUGAAUCCGUGAUGUCCAAUCUGCACAACUGGGAACAUUAUGAUGAAUAUUUAAAGCUCCGAGUUCACCCCAAAGAGAAGAAGCAAAGGAGCCUCCCCCUUGAAGAGCAUCAACAGUGGGGCUCCAACACCAUCUACAAAGCGGGGAACCUAAAAUUGAAUAAAAUUCCCCAGUUGAUGCCCCGUCCACCCCUGAGGUUUGGAAGAUCUUUUGAAGAAAGGAGCACUGAGUCUGUGGCUAACUUGCCCCUUAGCAUCAUGGAAUCCACCAUCAAUUCACCACAAAAGUUUAAGGGACCGCCAUCUGUAGAGAAGCCAAGUUGCCCCAUGGCCAGCCAACAUCUGGAGCUUCAGGCUGCCGAUGAAAGGAAGUCCAGGACCCUGAACUUCGAUGAUUAUUUCACUAAGAAAGCCGAUGAUGGUGAAAUGAGUCAAGAAGAGUGGGAAGUCUGGAGCAAGGCCCCUGACCCCAAGGGGAUGUGA